AUGGAUCAGCAACUGAAGAAAAGGGCAAAGACUUGUGGCCAGAAAGGCCUGGGUAGAAGAGCCUUCAGUAGAGAUAAGCCAAGGCCAUCCAAGCCACAGCCAGUCCAACAGGAACUUUGCAACACAACAUGGGCCUUGGAAGAUGAAAGUAUGUUCUUUGAAACUAGCCAUCUGGUUGUUGGAGAAGAUUCCUUCUCUGACUGUUACAUAGAAUGCAUAAUAAGGGGUGAGUUUUCUGAACCCAUCCUGGAAGAAGAGUCACUUAAGUCCCUUGACUACCUGGAAGAAGGAUCAGAACAAGAGCUUUCUCAACAGGUUCUCACAGCAAGCUCACUUCUGGAAAAAUCUCUGAAAUGCAUGCAAAAAGGAGCAAAGCAAGAACUUCCUCAACAAAUUGUUAGAGAGAAUUCAGAGCUUGAGAAUUCUGAGAACAUAAAAAGCAAGAAGCUUCCUUGUGGAGGAAUACCUAGCAUGGACUUAUCCGAUCCUAAACAGUGUACAGAAUUUGCUGGAAAGAAACCAACAAAAGAUAAGGAAUCUGAGACUCCAGAAAAAAUUGUUUGUCCCCACAGUGGAUGCACAAAAAAGUUAAAGAGUAGAGCUUCCCUGAGAAAGCAUCUCCUUGUCCAUGGUCCUCGAGAUCAUGUAUGUGCAGAAUGUGGGAGAGCAUUCAAUGAGCGUGCGAAACUAAAAAGACAUUUUCUGGUUCAUACUGGAGAGAGGCCAUUCCGGUGCACCUUUGAAGGAUGUGGGAAACGCUUUUCCCUGGACUACAAUUUGCGUACACAUGUAUGCAUCCACACUGGGGAGAAACGUUUUGUGUGUCCCUUUGAAAGCUGUGGCAAGAGGUUUAUUCAGUCAAAUAACCUGAAAGCUCACAUCUUAACUCAUGCAAAGACCAACAAAAAUCAAUGA